AUGCCUUCUUUGGGAUCCAAACAAAAUUCCAAACGUUCCUCUUUACCUUCAGGAGCAGUUGUAUCCUCCUCCUCAUCUUGCACAACAAACGGCACUAAACGACACCAUAGUGAUAGCACUUUCAAGGAAUCAUCUCCUUCAAAAAACAAGACCAUUGAUUCCUUUUUCCGAAAGAAUGAUCAUCAACCGCCAUCUUCUUCAUCACAAGAACAAGAACAACAACCUCCAUCCGUUGAAUCUCAAGAAUCCUCCUCUUCGGAUCUUCAAGGUCCUACUCUGAAAAAACAAAAAACAUCAUCCAUUAACUUGCAUCAUCCAACUGCAGGGACUUUUAAAAAGAAAUCAAAUCCUAAUAACAAUCCAUCCUCAUCAUCAUCAUCACCCUCUCCUCUAUGUACCGGUCCUCUUGAUUUAUUAUUUCAAAAGCAGAAAAAACCAUCAUCUUCUUCGCAACGAUCAUCAGAUGAUGAAACUGCUGAAUCCUCUUCUUUGAUGAUCCCUAAUAGUGAUUACUCCUCGUCAGCUUGGGAGACGGAAUGGUCCAAGUUGGAUGAUCUUCAACGCCAAGUCGUUCAUGAAGACUCUGCCAAAUAUUUAAUGAUUAACGGUUCUCAUGGAUGUGGAAAAACUCUUGUGGUGGCUUUGAGAGCUCUUCAUUUGUUGAAAAACGAUCCAACGAGAAGAGUACUCGUUUUGACAUUUUCAAAGAAGGCAGAACAAGAGAUUCAUGCCAGAAUUUACAAAUUUACUGGUUUUAAAAAUAACCAGAAUCAACGCAUUCAUGUCAAGACCAUUCAUGCGUUUGCCUUAAUGAUCAUGAGAAAAUUUGCCGAUGAAAAUCAUAAAACUAUUUCUAAUGACGAUCAAAUAUUGGAAAUAUUUAGAAAAACUAAACCAAAUGACAAGAUGACCAAUGAAUAA